AAUAUGGCAGCUUUAACAUCAACUAAGAAAGCUUUGAGACAAGAAAUUAAGAAUAUUCUUAAAAAUAUUAGUCUAGAAGAAAGAAAGAAGCAAUCUAUAAAUGUGUUUAAAAAGCUAUGCCAGUUAAAACAAUAUCAAAAUAGCAAGAGAAUUUCUUUGUAUUUGAGUACUAAAGAUGAAAUCGACACUUUGCCCAUCUUGAAACAUAUAUUUAAUAUGGAAAAAGAAGUAUUUAUACCGCAAUAUCAUGGAAAAACUAUGGAAAUGAUAAAACUAAAGUCGAUGGAGGAUUAUGAAACAUUGCCACUAACAAAAUGGAACAUUAAACAACCAAGCAUUACUGAAAGUCAAGAAAACGCAUUAGAAACAGGUGGAUUAGAUUUAGUAAUUUUACCAGGUGUUGCUUUCACGGUGAAUGGAAAACGUUUGGGACAUGGAAUGGGUUAUUAUGAUAAAUACUUAAAAAGAUGUUUUCAAAAAGACAUAAAGCCAUAUUUGAUUGCGGUAGGAUUUAAAGAACAAAUACAAGAAGACGUUCCUGUUAAUGAGAAUGAUGUACCUGUUGAUAUUGUACUUACUGGAUAA